GGUCCUUCUGCAGAUCACCCUGGGAAUCUCGGUGUGUGUGAGUCACCUGUCAGGCUGGGGAAUCCGGGAAAGGCUUCGCGGAGAAGGUGAGGAUGGAGUGGAGAUGCAGAGGUCCCUGGAGCCAGCCAACCUGACCAGCGUGCAGCAGUUCGUCCUGCUGGGCCUGUCCACCAGGCUGAGCGGCAGGGACGCCCUCUUUGCCAUCUUCCUGGCCCUCUACCUUCUCACCCUCCUGGAGAACACACUCAUCGUCUACCUCAUCUGCACCCACGGUGAGCUCCGCAAGCCCAUGUACUUCUUCCUGGGCAACCUCAGCGGCCUGGAGAUGUGCUAUGUGUCGGUGACCAUGCCCACGCUGCUCGCAGGGCUGUGGACUGGGCCCUACCAUAUUUCCUUCAUGGCCUGCAUGACCCAGCUCUUCUUCUUCAUAAACCUUGUUGGGACAGAGUGCAUCCUCCUGGCCUCCAUGGCCUAUGACCGCUACGUGGCCAUCUGCUGCCCACUGCACUACCCGCUGCUCAUGCGGCCCCAGGUCUGCCUGGGCCUGGCCGCGUCCUCCUGGCUGGGUGGGCUGGUGGUCUCUGUGGCCAAGACCACGUGCAUCGCCAGCCUGACCUACUGUGGCCCCAACGUCCUCAACCAUUUCUUCUGCGACGUCUCCCCUCUGCUCAACCUGUCCUGCACCCACGUGGCCCUCACGGAGCUGGUAGACUUCAUCUCUGCCAUCGUCAUCCUCUGUGGUUGCUUCCUCAUGACCAUGGCCUCCUAUGUGGCCAUCACCAUGGCUGUGCUCCGCAUGCCCUCAGCCGCCGCCAGACACAAGGCCUUCUCCACCUGCGCCUCCCACCUGGUGGUGGUGGGCAUCUUCUACUCAGUCACUAUCUUCAUCUAUGCCCGCCCCAGCCGCAUCGAAGCCAUGGACCUCAACAAGGUGCUGUCAGUCGUCUACACGGUGGUCACGCCCAUGUGCAACCCGGUCAUCUACUGCCUGCGGAACAGGGAGGUGCAGGCAGCUUUCCGGAGAACCCUACAGUGGUCUUGAGCUGGACCAGAUGACCAAGCUGUGUUUUGGGGUGACCUACAGUUAGCGACAGCUUACUUACUAUUGAGAUAAGCAUCCACACACUAUUAACUUCAUCCUUUAAACAUAUACAAUUCAGUGGUUUUUUUCAUUGUACUUACAAAGCAUGCACUACUAUCACUACUUAAUUCCUGAAAGUUUUAAUUUCUCCCAAGGUAAAACACAUACAAUUAGCAGUUAUUCUCAGUA